AUGCGGUCACUCCUAGUUACAGUGGACCGUACAGGAGUACUCAAGUGCCGGAAUAGCUUCGGUCUUUCUCCAAUUACUACAACUUCUAAUGCCCCUAACAUGUCUACCACCAAUAAUGCUUCACUCACUACUGUUACUUCCAUAAGGUUGCCAGCGAAGUGGACCGGCCGCCAGCGAAGUGGACCGGUCCCCAGCGAAGUGGACCGGCCGCCAGCGAAGUGGACCGGUCCCCAGCGAAGUGGACCGGCCGCCAGCGAGGUGGACCGGCCGCCAGCGAAGUGGACCGGCCGCCAGCGAAGUGGACCGGUCCCCAGCGAAGUGGACCGGCCGCCAGCGAAGUGGACCGGUCCCCAGCGAAGUGGACCGGCCGCCAGCGAGGUGGACCGGCCGCCAGCGAAGUGGACCGGUCCCCAGCGAAUUGGACCGGCCGCCAGCGAGGUGGACCGGCCGCCAGCGAAGUGGACCGGCCGCCCGCGAAGUGGACCGGUCCCCAGCGAAGUGGACCGGCCGCCAGCGAAGUGGACCGGUCCCCAGCGAACCGGCCGCCAGUGGACCGGCCGCCAGCGAGGUGGACCGGCCGCCAGCGAAGUGGACCGGACCCCAGCGAAUUGGACCGGCCGCCAGCGAGGUGGACCGGCCGCCAGCGAAGUGGACCGGCCGCCAGCGAGGUGGACCGGCCGCCAGCGAAGUGGACCGGCCGCCAGCGAAGUGGACCGACCGCCAGCGAAGUGGACCGGCCGCCAGCGAAGUGGACCGGCCGCCAGCGAAGUGGACCGGCCGCCAGCGAAGUGGACCGGCCGCCAGCGAAGUGGACCGGCCGCCAGCGAAGUGGACCGGCCGCCAGCGAAGUGGACCGGUCCCCAGCGAAUUGGACCGGCCGCCAGCGAAGUGGACCAUGCCACCCAUCUGAGGUUUGUGGUCCAUUCGAGUAAUUGUGUUUGCGAUGUUGUGAAUUAG